AUGUUCAGCCAAACCACCAUCUGCCGCUUCGAGGCGCUGCAGCUCAGCUUCCGCAACAUGUGCAAACUGCGGCCGCUGCUGGAGCGGUGGCUGCGGGCGGCCGGCGGCGGCGGCCUGCGGGAGCUCUGCCCGGCGGCGGCGGCGGCCCUGCAGGCGCGGCGGCGGCGCAGGACGAGCAUCGGGCCGGGGGCGCGGGGGGCUCUCGAGGCCGCCUUCGGGCGCUGCCCCAAACCCCCGGCCGAGAUGGCGCGAAUGGCCGCGGGGCUGGGGCUGGGCACCGACGUGGUCCGGGUCUGGUUCUGCAACCGGCGGCAGAAGGUGAAGCGCAGCAGCACGGCGGGGGGGGCCCCCCCGGGGAAUGGGGGUGCCGGGGGGAGCCCCCCGCCCUUCCCUGCCCCCCCCAACCCCCCCUUCGGCCCCCCUGCCCCGCCCCUCCCUUACGGCCCCCCCCUACACCACCUUCUACCUCCCCCCCUGGGGCCCCCCGCCCCCCCCACCAUACACGGCUGAGGGGGGCCCCCCU